AUGUGGUCGCUGUCCGUGGUCCUGAACCCGCUGCUGUUUCUGCUGCUGAUCGGAUACUGCCCUUCAGUGACCAUCAGGCCAAAAGAGGGGUGGCAGGUGUACAGCUCAGCUCAAGAUGCAGAUGGGCGUUGCAUCUGCACGGUGGUGGCACCUGAACAGAAUCUGUGCUCCAGAGAUGCCAAAGGCAGACAGCUCCGCCAGCUCCUGGAGAAGGUGCAGAACAUGUCGCAGUCAAUUGAGGUUCUGAACCUGCGGACGCAGAGGGACUUUCAGUAUAUCAUGAGGAUGGAAAACCAGAUCAAAGGAUUGCGGUCAAAGUUUCGACAGAUCGAAUCGGACAGGAAGACGCUCGUCAACAAAAACUUUCAGGAGCUAAAGGGAAAGAUGGAGUCCCUGCAACCGCUAAUACCGGUCCUGGAGCAAUACAAGACAGAUGCCCAGCUCAUCUCCCAGUUCAAAGAGGAGAUCAGGAACCUGUCUGCUGUGUUGAUGGGCAUCCAGGAGGAAAUGGGAGCGUACGACUACGAGGAGCUGCAACAGAGGGUCCUAAACCUGGAAAGUCGGCUCCGCAACUGCAUGAGCAAACUCACAUGUGGCAAGUUAAUGAAGAUCACUGGGCCGCUAACGGUGAAAACUUCAGGGACCAGAUUUGGAGCCUGGAUGACCGACCCACAGGCUUCUCCCAAAAACAACAGAGUCUGGUACAUGGACAGCUACACCAACAACAAGAUAGUGAAAGAGUUUAAAUCCAUAGAUGAUUUUGUGGCAGGAGUCGAGUCGAGAACCUACAACCUGCCUUUCAAAUGGGCUGGAACCGACCAUGUGGUGUACAACGGCUCUCUGUACUACAACAAGAUGCAGAGCAACAUCAUAGUGAGGUACAGCUUCGAGACGGGCCGCGUGGUCACCCAGAGGGCACUCGAGUCAGCGGGGUUCCAUAACGUUUACCCCUACACCUGGGGAGGCUUCUCUGACAUCGACCUGAUGGCGGACGAGCUGGGCCUGUGGGCCGUGUACGCCACCAACCAAAACGCCGGGAACAUAGUGAUCAGCCAGCUGAACCCGGACACGCUCCAGAUCCUCAACACAUGGAACACAGAAUACUCGAAGAGGAAUGCUGGCGAGUCUUUUAUGAUCUGUGGGACGCUCUACAUCACGAACUCCCACCUGACCGGUGCUAAGGUGUACUAUGCUUACUCCACUAAAACCUCCACAUACGAGUAUACAGACAUUCCCUUUCAUAACCAGUACUUCCACAUGUCUAUGUUGGACUACAAUGCCAGGGAUCGUGCACUCUACGGCUGGAACAAUGGCCACCAGGUCCUUUUUAAUGUUACACUUUUCCACAUCAUCAAAACUGAGGACGACUCUUAA